UUUUUGGUUUUUUCGUAUGGGAUUCUUGAAAAAAAUGAACAUUUGAGCAAAAGGGUGUUCUUCUUUUGAUGUGUUUUUAGUGUUUUUUUCUGUGUGACAGAGUGAGAUUACAUAGAUAUGGUAUUCAAAGAUUCAUUCUUUUUGCUGUGGGUCUGUUUUUUUACUUCCCAAAAAAAAAAAGUGCCCACAUCUGACUAGUUCUAAUAAUUGUUAAUCUGUGUCCAAGUCCAAGUUUUGAGCUUUUUACAAGUUUUGUUUUUUUGUUUUUGGAUUUUUGGGUGUUUCUUGAAAUGUGGCUUUGUGGGUAUAUAUGAUUUGAGCUAUCCUUUGCUUAAUUUUUAGCUGAAAUGGAAGACAAUCAAGAUUUGAAUUUUGUAGGUGACAAAAAAUCCCUUUGUGGGAAUUCAUUAGGAGGUGAUAUGAGAUCUCAUGUAGUUGAAGGAAAUGUUGAAAAGUUUGAAUCUUGGAGUAGUAGAGAAACUCCCCAUCAAUCAAAAUUUGAUGUUGGUAGUCAUUCUGGAUAUGGACUUAGAGAAAAUCCCAAGAAAACUUGGAGGGCUGUUGAUUCAACUUUUUCACCUUUGCCUCCUCAAGAAAGAGUUUGCCAACAAUGUGGUAAAGUGUUUCAGUCAAUGAAAGCUUUGUGUGGUCAUAUGGCUUGUCAUUCAGAGAAGUUGGUGAUGGACAGUCAUUCAGAUACUGAAACUGAUGAUGAUGAUAAUGAUGAUGAAGAGGAGGAGGAAGAGGAGACAAAGAUGAAGACCAGAUCAUUAAAGACUAAGAGGUACAAGAGACUUGUAGUUAAGCCUUCUAAUUACUGUUUAGUGAACAAUAAUAAUAAUAAUGGUGUUGUUAAUUAUGGUUCAUCAUCUGUUUCUGAGAUUGAUGAACUAGAUCAAGAGGAAGUUGUAGCAAAGUGUUUGAUGAUGUUGUCUAGGGAUACAGGGAACUGGAAUGGUGUUAAUUCAGUUGUUGAGUCUUCUGAUAACAAUUCUGUUGUUUUGGAGACAAAAUCAUCCUCUACUGACAUGAAAUUUGGUAGAAAGGAUAGGCUGAAAUGUGUUUAUAAUCAAAACGAAACACCGGGAACUAAGAAACUUAGUGGUUUAGAUGUUGAUCAAGCUGAAUCUGAGAGUUCUGAUUCUGGAUACUUUUUAGAUGACAAUACUAUAGUUGAAUCGGAUAUAUCUGUCGAUGGAUUCAAUAGAAAUGGGAAUAGUAAAUGGAGCACUUCACAAAUGAGCCAUGCUGAGUCUGGGGUUGAUAAGGGCAAGGGGUUAAACAGAACCAAGAAAUAUCCAAUAGAGUCGAGGAAGGAUAUAACCGCGGAAUGUGACUAUGAUGAUUACGCGAUAGCUUCAUAUAUAGAUAAAUGUGAACCAAGAAAGAGAAUGAAGGAUAGUUCUUAUCAUCCAGAAUUAGGGAACAAGUCUGUUAAGAAAAUAAAGCUCGGUCCUAAAAGUUCCGAAAGAUGCAAUGCUAUUCAAAAGAAGAAGUAUGAGUGCUUGAACUGCAAGAAGAGUUUUAACUCUUAUCAGGCUCUUGGUGGACAUAGACCAUGUCAUAAAAAGGCCAACGCCUAUCUCGAGUCAAUAAAUGGAACUGGUGAAAGUAGUGUCGAUGACAAGAAUAGAGAGACAUUUAGCAGUAGAACACCAGCUUCUACUGCUAAAGAUCAGUCUUACAAUCCUGAGAAAACGAUUAAGCCUAAGAAAUCCCAAAGGCACGAAUGCCCAUUUUGUGACCGUGUUUUCAAGUCUGGUCAAGCUUUAGGUGGCCACAAAAGAUCUCAUUUUAUCGUUGGAACUGAACAGAACAUGAAUCGAUCUUCAGCAGUCAAGAAAGUCGAUGAUUUACUUGAUCUUAAUCUUCCUGCUCCUCUUGAUGAUGACGAUGAUGAGCAUGCACACCUCGUGUCUUGGUAGUUGGUGAUAAACAAGGUUACAAGAUGCUCGAGCAUUUGGCAACGAGCUCGUUUCCAGAUUGACAGAGACAAUGGCAGAAUGUAUAGGCAACUUAGCAGGCAGAGUUGCUUCACUGUUUUGAUACCAUAAAUAUAGUAGUUUUCAUUCUUGCUUAUCAGUUGAAAAGAACCUCACAACAUUUCAGUCUAAUUUUUGGCAUAUCCAAACCAUAUGCUUAGAUUUUAGCUGGUUAAAAAUAUUCAUUUCUUUAGCUUUGAGACAUUCAGAUUAUAUCUGUCUUUUCUUUUUUCAUUAGCUUUAUUCGAAAAGCCUAGUGAUAUCUUUGGUUUUGCCAUUUGAAGAAGCUUAUUAUCUCUGUUGUGUACUUCUUGAUGAAAUUGUUAUUCACAAAG